GAGGCGAGGGGUGGUCUCGUCUCGUGCUCUCCACACGUUUCUUCCGUGCUGUGGGAUCCCGCUGGUCCGAGAGAAGGGAAUUGAAGGAGGAAUUUUGUGUCCAAAAUCUCCUCGAAACUCCAUCUCUCGAGUUCAAGCAAAAUGUUCGUAUUUCGAGUUUAGCUGGACGAAUUGGAUCCGGUUUUGAAGGAAAUAUGGGAUUUCAGGGUCUAUAAAGAUCCAUGUCUUCCAUGGAGAUUGGAGGGCUUCCGGGAGAUUCAAACCUUUACAACGGACACAUAAAUCGCGUUCUUUUGUUCAUGUCCAGGGGCAUAAUUUAGGAGAUUUUUGGGUUUUCGAUGUGUAUAGAUACAUAACUCUUUGCAAAUUCUAGAGUUUUGUGAUAUUAUUGUUUCCUUGUAUAACUGGUUGAGGUAUUGAAGUCUCGUUCUUUGGUUCAGUUGGCCUGUUUGUGAUUUUGACUCUGGAUUUGCGUGUUACUGGUCUUCUUCAUCACUGAUUCAGAAGUAGGUUUGGAUGUAGCUCUGGUUUGGGUUGUGCAGUUGAGAUUUCGGUAGCCUGUUUGGUUUCCUUUUCUUCUAGCAAAUUGGUGCACCAGGUCAUAGCUGUUUCGAGGCCGGUUUAGACCCCAGGAUACCAGAUCUGGACUGGAAUUGCAUUUUUUUUUUCAAGCGCUACUGAAAACUUUUACAUAAGAAAUGCCAAUUAUAUAUGAAUGACCCAAGGAAAGCUGAAGUCUGAUGAUGAAUUUGUGAUUGGCUACUCGUUCUCGAAAUGGAACUCUUCUUCAGUGGUUUCACCAGUGAAUCGUCGGCACCUGAGAAUUUGUUUGCUCAUCCAGACAUCCAAAGAUGCCCAUUUUUGAGAAAUAUCAAUGAACCAACAAAGUUUUCAUUCUCUUCGUCUGUCAAAUUUUUUGCUCCUGUACAAGGAGCCAAGGGUCCAAUCUUUGAAGAUGGACCCAGCUUUGAUAUGGCAUUCAAGCUUUUCCAUGGACGUGAUGGAGUUGUCCCACUUUCUGGAAAAACUUAUGUGCGUGAUGAAAAUGUGGAACCUGAGCCUGCGCCACAGUUUAACCCUUUAGGAGCCAAGGCAGCUACUAUCAGCCUCUCAGCUUUUGGACUAGGAGGGCCCUUUGGCUUUGAUUUCUUCUCAAACAAGUGGAAGAAACAGAAUAAGAAAUCCUCCAAGAAUGAUCCUUCUUCACAGAAAGGAGGAGAUUCCUCACAUGAAGCACUAAGCAAUGAAUGGCUGGAAACCGGGCAGUGCCCCAUUGCAAAGUCCUACAGGGCAGUGAGCCGUGUGCUGCCUCUUGUGGCAAAGGCCCUACAGCCACCAGCAGGUGUGAAUCUGAGGUGCCCACCUGCUGUGGUGGCUGCUCGAGCAGCGCUAGCCCGAACCGCCCUUGUGAAGAAUCUCCGCCCCCAGCCAUUGCCUGCUAAAAUGCUAGCAAUUGCCUUGCUAGGCAUGGCAACCAAUGUUCCCCUCGGGGUAUGGCGAGAGCACACCAAAAAAUUCUCCCCACAAUGGUUUGCAGCCGUCCAUGCUGCCGUUCCAUUUAUUGCAAUGCUCAGAAAAUCCGUGCUGAUGCCGAAGACUGCAAUGGCAUUCACUAUAGCAGCCUCAAUUUUAGGUCAGACCAUCGGUUCGAGGGCUGAACGAUACAGGCUGAAGGCAUUGGCAGCAGCAAGAGACUCUGGAAGUCCUACUAGUAAGGUGACAUUUAGUCUGAAAGAGAGUGGGCAGUGCAAUGAGGGUGAAGGGGGAGUCUGGGAUCCACUUCCACUCAAGGCGGCAGGUUUGGGCUCGACUUCAGCUACAGCACCAACUGCGAGUGUGUGUUCCUGAUAAUGGUAAGGGAUAUUGGUUUAUGAUCAGUAAAAUUAUCUUUAGUUGCGAUUAUUGUCGUAAAAGACUACAUGAAUGCUUGCGAAGUCAUCCUCUGGACAAUGCAAGAGCAGGUUAGAAGAUAAAUAAGAGCAAUUGGAACUGUUUGAGACUAAUAAUGCAAACUAGAAUCUUGUAAUGUUAUAUCCUAGAUAUUAAUGGAUCUCUGGCUGUUGUGUGAUGUGUAAAAGGAUGCGUACAGAGAUUCUUAUCCUUUUGCCUUUGGCUGCAUUAUGGAAUAAAUAAAACAGUUGUGAUUUUGUUGGCA